AUGCCUCCAACUCUGUUAGCGGCUGAAAAAGAAGAAGCCAAAUCUGUGUUAUCCUUUUUCUUGAAGAAACAAGGUCUAAGCAAGGUAGUUGCUGCAAAAACCAUCACUAAAUCAGAUCUUCUCAUCGAUCACCUUGUCUCAAGGCUUCAUUCUGUUCAUAAAUCUCGGUGUCUUGUAGGUUCGAUUGCAAUAUGUACUGGAAGAGAGCUCACAACUCCUGAGAUCAGGGACAUCCUUAUUCCUUAUAUUGAAUCUCUUCUUGUAGAGCAUGGAAACAGUGUCUCUGUCAACGCCAUUCAGCCACGGGGUAACCCUGAGAAGCCAAAAGGGGUCUCUAAUGCACCUGUCAGAGAAAAGGCAGCAGCAUCAGUUUCUCAAUCCUUUUCUGCUCCCCUUGACUCAAAGAAGCCCAAAGUUGGAGAUUUACGCCCUCAAUUCCUCUACCUCUUAGAGCUUGGCAUGGAUCUUGAGCAGAUAAAGAUAAUUACACGCAGGUAUCCUGAUUUUGACUACUGCAGCUUGGAGAGGAAAAUCAAACCAGUAGUUGAGUUUCUUCUUGAUCUUGGGGUACGUAAAUCAGACAUUCCUUAA